UGCAAAGUGAUAAUUAGUAUGUCAUGCUUCUUUCAGGGAAAUGGAUAUUCAGCGCAUGGGGCUAAGUGAAUAGAAUAGUGAAAGGGAAGUGGAUGUAAGCCAGCAGGUGGAGGAACACGUUACUAAAUGACACAGAGCAGCAGCCUGGAAGAAAGAGGCUGAUCUGUACUGGGAAGGGAGGGGAGAGAGAGAGCAAAGCAGUGGGAAACUCUCUCGAUGUGAUAAUGCUUUAGAGAGCCCCUGCUGCUGGUACUGCUUCCGGCUGCUUCUCGCGCACUUCUGUCCUGUGAUGGAUUAGUUAGCUUGCACAAAGGGGGCUUCUAUUCUCCAAACUUACGCACUGUCCACGGUUGCCUGAAAAGCACUUGGCGUUCGGAAUAAAUGACUGAUACAAAACUGAGUCAUCGUUUCAGAGAGGAAUUCAUCUGCAUGGGAAAUGAAUGCUGCGGGGAAGCAGCCUCCACCCCAUCUAGAGCGCCCGGACACCCUUCUCGUACCAACUUGGACUAAAACUGGUUUUGCCCAACUGUACAAUGAAGGUUCAGAAAAUGCUUGUGAUAUACGCCUGAAACUUACUAAGGAAGCACUGACUUUACAAAAGCAAGACGUUAUCUGUGUUUCUGGGAGUGACCAGAGUACAAAUCGCAGAACUGUUACACUUCAUAGACACCCUAUUGGAGGACUGGGUUUAAGCAUCAAGGGUGGAGCACAGCAUAAAGUACCUGUUGUUAUAUCAAAAAUCUUCAAAGAUCAGCCAGCUGACAAGACUGGAAUGUUAUUCAUAGGGGAUGCAUUAAUGCAGGUUAAUGGCAUAAAUGUUGAAAAUGCGUCUCAUGAAGAAGUGGUUCACUUAUUACGGAAUGCUGGUGAUGAAGUCACAAUUACUGUUCACUAUUUAAAGGACGCACCUUCAUUUCUUAAGCUGCCACUAGGUUCUCCGGAUCCUCCGAGUGACCAUAGCAGCGGGGCAUCGUCUCCUCUUUUUGAUAGCGGUUUACAUUUAAAUGGAAAUAUUUCAAAUACGGCUCCUUCAUCUCCUUCCUCGCCAACAGUUAAACAAGCCAAAUAUGAGAAGCGAUGGAUAGAUGCACUUUCAAUCCCACUAUUAAUGGCUCGGAUAUCAAGAUUCAGAGUUUCAACAGUAAAGUUAAGACGUAACUCAUUUGAACUGCUAGCACUUGAUGGGAUAUCUUCGGGGAUUCUUCAGUUUAAUACAGCCCAUGACAGUGCUGACUGGUUAAGAGCAAUAUCAACAAAUAUCAAUGAUCUGACACUACAAAAUAUGAAAAUGGUGAACAAAUGCUAUUCUAUGUGUGACCAGAUCAUUCACAUGGGCUGGGUGAGUGAAAAAGUACAAGGUUCGGAUGGAUCACACAUGUAUAAAUUCAAGUUCCUGGUUUUGAAGGGCUCAUCUUUCUACAUAUUUAAGACACAACCAGUUAGUACACUAGACUGGGUGCGAGCGGAAAAGAUAUAUAACCUCUGUGAGGUUUUAUUUAAAGUAAGCAAGGUUUGGCCCGCUGAUGAAAUCUGGAUUGAAGAAAAUCUGUAUUUAAAUCAUAAUCAAACUGAAGAGCUUGAAGAUCAAAGACCUUACUGCUUCAGCGUGCAAGUUGGGAAUGGAAAAAGUCAUUAUUUUAGUGUAGAACUCGGUAGCGAUUUAACAGUUUGGGAGAGGUCUUUCCAAAAAGCAAUCUUUAUGGAAGUUCAACGAACUGGGUCCAAAACAUACGUUUGCAGCAGCCAAGGGGAGGUUGUUUGUUUUACUGUGGACUUCAUCUCAGGAUUCACCUGUUUUGACAGCAAGUCAAAGAAUGUCAUCUGGAGGUUUAAGUUCUCCCAAUUAAAAGGAUCAUCAGAUGAUGGAAAAACCAGAGUGAAGCUACUUUUUCAGAGCCCUGACACCAAACAAAUUGAAAUGAAGGAGCUAGAGUUUCAAGACCUGACAGCGGUUCUGCAUUGCAUCCAUUCUUUUAUUGCAGCAAAAGUUGCAUCUAUGGACCCCAUGUUCAUAAACAGCCAAAGCCUCGCUAGAAAAUAUAUUUACAACACGUAAACAUCGAAGCUCUAUGGCAAAACAAGAACUAUUUUCCUACAGAAUUUGUUUCAUGCACAGCGAAAUUUUAAAUGACUUCAAUACAAAUGACUGAAAUGACUGAAAAGAAGACUAUUUUUGUUAUUUAUCGUGUUUCAUUUUGACUCAAAGCAUCAUUUCAAUGUACUUCGUGGAUAAUAUCGAAAGCACAUUUUCCCAAUCUCGUAUAAGUGGAGAGGACAAUGAUGAUUUAGCACUUUAAAAAACUGCUCCAAGAUUUUGAACAGAAUAACUACAAAUGUACAUUUUCUUUUUCAUUAAACCCAUUAUAUAGAAAU